GUCAAAUAUUAAAAAAUAUUUGUUUUCUUUUCGCGAUUUCUCGUGUUCAAGUUUUCGCUUUUUAACAAAGUUUUGAAAAUGGAAAAUAAGCAAGAAGUAUCCUUAGUAAUCGAUGGUCAAAUGUUUAAAGUAAAAAAAGACAUGUUAAGUGAACACAGUGAUUAUUUUCGAGCGAUGUUUGGCGGGAAUUAUGUUGAAAAUGAACAGCACGAAAUCUCCAUGGACGUGGUAGAUGCCAAUUCCAUGAACAUUAUACUAAGAUACAUGGAAUUAGGACUGAUAGAUAUAUCAGAACAUUCCUUAGCCACUGUUGGGGAUCUUGCGAUCGCUGCUAAUUUCCUGCAAAUAACAGAACUCACUAAACAAAUAGAUUAUUGUCUAGAGCAGCAAUUAUCAUUGUCCAAUUGGAUGGAAAUCAAAGAGAUAGCACAAAAUGCUGCAUCGGUGAAACUUGAGCAGGCGGCCGUAAUUUACGGUCUUUUCUCAUUUAAAUCUAUGAAACCAGAGUAUGUUCCAAAUAUAAAUAAAUUAUUCUGGUAUUUAUCGCAUCCAUACUUAGACAUAGAGUCUGAAUUACAAGUUUUUAAAUUCGGAUUGAAAUGGAUUGAACAACAAGAGAUGGGUGCGGAUGCAUUAUUAAUAAUACUCUGCUGUUUAGAUAUGGAUAGAAUUACAAAAGACGAACUAGAAGCCAUGAAAGAUCUAACAAAAGAUUACGUAAAUAGUUUAACUGAAAAAAUAAUUGCUUGUUUGCACAAAUUAGCAGCUGAUUACGAAUUAACUCUCUCAGCAGUAAAACAGCAUAAACAAAUACUCUGUGAAUUGUACACUCUGAAAGUUUACACUGAAGUACUGAAUUUAGUUAAGGAAAGUAUACACCGUAAACUGAGGUUUACAGCGGCAGUGCCAAUGUGGUCUAACAAGGACAAGGCACCAGAAAAAUCACCAAAUUAUUUAUUUACGUACACAAAGGGGCCAGGUUUACAAAAAUGGAUGGAGGUAGCGGAAACCAACUUAUGGGGGUGGAAUAUAGCCUCUUGGAGCCCUACAAAGAUUGUAGUACUUUGUGGGGAAUAUGGGAGAGGGACAGGUAUAUUUAUGAAGGAUGUGAAAGUAUAUGAUAUUCAUAAAAAUGAUUGGAUUCAACAUGGAGUACAGUUGCCUGUUCGAAGGCAUGCUGGCGUUGUCGUUAUUGAGGACUCAUUGUAUAUACUUGGAGGCGUUGGUGCGUUUAGGAUAAUUUCAGACUCUGCCAUCAUAUACGAUCUAAAACAGAGGACUUACAGAAAAAUAGCCAAGUUACCUGAUCCAGUGCAGUCUCCCGCGGCCUGCGUCCACGAGAACACAGUUUAUGUGAUAGGCCACAAACAUAUAUACAGAUACGAAGAUAACGGAGACCACGACCGAUGGCUUCGAGUUAUUGAAACAGAUAUGACGCCGAAAUUUCUAGUAUCUUUUAAAGGAUAUAUUUAUGUAUCACAGUGUUAUUUUCCGCAUCUGUAUAGAUUUCGACCGAAUGUGGAUAAGGUUUUGGAACAAGUUUCGUGUUUCAGUCAGUCUCCUAUGGCUAUUUGUAAUUUGGGGAACCGUCUCCUAGCAGUAACCAGCUCAGGCGACAGCUCAACAGACAUAAUGACAGUUGAAGAGUACCGAAAUCUAACCAGUGAUCGUGAUGGCACUAAAUUCCUCUGGAGUUUGACGGGUUCAGAGUAUGGAGUGAACCCAGCUGGGGCGUGUUCCGUCGUGAUGACGAUACCGCCUGUCAAUCCUGACGUGUCAGCUUAUCAUGAACGAUAUUUAACUAUGUAUGGAUAGUGUUAAGACACUAUUUGAGAAAAAAUUGUGAUGUGUGAAUUUUUGUUAAUGUCGCUAUGGCGAAAAAUUGUUACGUAUUUCAACUUCUGCCUAGCGUUUGCACAACUAUUGGGGUUGGUUUCCAGUAUAAAUGGAGGCAGCUGAGUACCAGUGCUCCGCCACCCAGCUACCUGGGCAAAAAAAGUGCCUUUCUGGCUUAAAAAAGUGUUACAUUUUUAAAACAAGGAAUUGUAAGUUAAAUAAAACAAUGAAAAAUGUUA